UAAAAAUUGCAAAUUUAUUAGUUUUUCAGUCAUUAUAUUAAAUUCUGUAUGACUGAAAUGUGUAGGAACCUUCCAUAAAUUUUCAUUGACUUCUAUAUUUCCCGGUGAUCGUUUCAUUUUCAUUCUCUUCUCUCCCUCUCCUCUCCUCUCCUCUCCUCUCCUUCUCUUGUUUAUACGCUUAAGCUGCGUUUUUCUCCGCCGGUGUUCCAGAUGAGUUGAAGCCACUUGGGUGCUCGCGGAUUUGCUCAAAGGAACCUUCUUGACACUUGGACUAAAAGCACAGAUGUUUGGAUAUGUCAUUCUCAUACAAGUAAACUCGUUGGGGUGAUUAUCAAUCUGAAGUUAGUUUGGAGUUUUUUUUGUUCAAAUGGCUGAUAUUCAAGAGAGGUUCUCAGUCUCUUCGUCUUCAUCCUCGUCAUCAGCGUCUCUACCGCGAUCAACAGUGCCUAUAGAUGAAGAAGUGUGGAUGAUUGCUGAGGAAAGGGUUCAGGAGAUAUUAUGUGUCAUACAACCAAUCUAUCUUUCAGACAGAAGUAGGAAUGAGAUCAUCGAUUAUUUCCAGACUCUUAUCAAGGAUCGUUUUGGAAUUGAGGUCUUUUUAUUUGGUUCCGUGCCGCUAAAAACCUAUCUCCCAGAUGGAGAUAUUGAUCUGACAGUCCUAACUCCUCAUGAUAAGGAGGAGGACUUUGCCAAAGCAUUGUGUAGUAUGCUUAGAACUGAAGGGGGAGAUUCCCGUUUCCAAGUAACUGGUGUUCAGUAUAUCCCAGCGCAGGUCAAGGUCAUCAAAUGCAAUAUCAGGAACAUUGCUGUGGAUAUCUCCUUUAAUCAAAUGGCGGGACUGUGCGCUUUAUGUUUUCUGGAGCAGGUUGACCAAACUCUUGGAAGAGACCAUCUGUUCAAACGUAGCAUCAUUUUGGUUAAGGCCUGGUGCUAUUAUGAAAGCCGUCUUCUCGGUGCCAACACUGGAUUGAUCUCAACAUAUGCAUUGGCAGUACUCGUCUUGUACAUCAUCAACAUGUCAUAUUCAUCAUUGUCUGGCCCUUUAGCAGUACUGUACAAGUUCUUGGAUUACUAUGCAUCAUUUGAUUGGAAAAAUUACUGUAUCACGGUCACUGGUCCGGUCCCGAUAUCAUCUCUUCCAGAUUUUAAGGAAACCGGAGAUCAUGAAGUAGUCCUAAAUGAGAAGUUCUUCAGAGAAUGCGUGGAGUCAUAUUCGGUUCAAACUAAAGUUGUCGAAGCCAACACGCAAUAUUUUCCUGUAAAAUCUUUCAACAUAAUGGAUCCUCUGAAACGCAGUAACAACCUUGGACGUAGUGUGACAUCAGGAAAUAUGCCACGUCUAAGACAUGCUUUUUCUCUGGGAGUUCAAAAGCUUAGAAAAGUACUUACAGUACCUGGAGAAUCCGUGGGUUGGGAACUGGAGAAGUUCUUUGCGAAUUCACUGGAUAGGAACGGUAAGGGACAGAGACAAGACGCAGAAGAACCUAUUUACGCUUUUGGGACUGGAAGAGCAGAGUUGUCUGAUCUCAGAGGAGAUUUUGAAGGAAACUUCAGAAGUCUUGUAUACGGGAAGUGGUUUCACGGUGAGACAACUCAGCAUAGCUGGAUCCCCCAGGGUCAAGAAACGAGUUCUUGGGACAAUGUCCAAUGGUAUGUGACGGGGGAAAAUAAUGAUUUAUAUUGGAGUAAUGAAGAUGGAUCAAACUCGAUGCAGAACAUGCGGAAAUCAAGAGGAACGGGCACUUACAUUCCUGAAAUGAGUCAACAAUCCUACACUGAUAGGUUCAGUAGCAACCCAGGCACAGUGAACUCAGCAUAUCAGACUCAACAAUCUUACACUGACAGGUUCAAUGGCACAGUGAACUCAGCAUCUCAGACUCAACAAUCUUACCUAGGCAGGUUCAGUGGCACAGUGAACUCAGCAUCUCAGACUCAACAAUCUUACACAGGCAGGUUGAGUGGCACAGUGAACUCAGCAUCUCAGACUCAACAAUCUUACACAGGCAGGUUCAAUGGCACAGUGAACUCAGCAUCUCAGACUCAACAAUCUUACACAGGCAGGUUCAAUGGCACAGUGAACUCAGCAUCUCAGAAUCAACAAUCUUACACAGGCAGGUUCAAUGGCACAGUGAACUCAGCAUCUCAGAAUCAACAAUCUUACACAGGCAGGUUCAGUGGCACAGUGAACUCAGCAUCUCAGACUCAACUGUACAAACAGAAUCCUUGAAUUGGUCCGUUUGCUAAAACCUUUUUCAUCAUAACUCCCUAGGCUUUUUGUCUCACAUAGCUACCAACAGCAAACUAUGGCAAAGAGUUUUUCUAUUUUCUAAUUUUUUUUUUAAUGGUGGUAAAUGGGAAAGUCCCAGACUUUGAAGCAGAUGCUUCAUUUUAGGAUUCAUUAGGAUUUUAAUUCUGUUGACCCGUAACUCAUUCUGAGGUCUCUCUUAAUUCGUUGAACAGAAAGAUGAUAAAUCUGAUUAGCUCUUUACAGA